ACGUGCGGAGCGGCGUUAUCCCGGGGACGAUGCUGGUCUCUCUGGCGUCCCGCCCGCCACCACCGGGGCUGGUGCGGCUCCUCCGGGCGCGGUUGUCGCCGUCGCGGGCGACCUACGGGACUCCGGGGGUGGCUGAAGGGGCUGGGACCGCUGGGCUGCGGCCGCUCCCGCCUCCGUCCGCCAGGGGGAGCCGCGAGCCCCUGCCGCCCAGCGCGGGGCGGCCAUGGCGGGGCGGGCCCGGGGGGGGGCGACCCCCGGGAACGGGGACGGGCCCGGGCCCGGGGGGCUCCCCCUUAGCAACGGGGGGCUGCCCCCUAGCAACGGGGUCAGACCCCCGGGGCUCCCCCCUAGCUGUGGGGCCGGGCCUGGGGAGCUCCCCCUUAGAAUUGGGGCCAAGCGCCGGGGGUACCCCACUAGCAACGGGGCUGGGUCCGGGGGGCUCUCCCUUAGCAAUGGGGCCGGGCCUGGAGAGCUCUCCCAUAGAACUGGGGCCUAUCCCUGGGGGUACCCCCUUAGCAAUGAGGCCAGGCCGGAGGAGCUCCCCCCUAACAGUGGGGCCAGGCCUGGGGGGCUCCCCCUUAGCAAUGGGGCCAGGCCCCGGGGGUACCCCACUAGCAAUGGGGUUGGGCCUGAGGGGCUCACCCCUAGCAGUGGGGCCAGGCCUGGGGAGCUCCCCCUUAGCAAUGGGGCCAGACCCUGGGGGCUCCCCCUUAGCAAUGGGGCCAGACCCUGGGGGCUCCCCCUUAGCAAUGGGGCCAGACCCUGGGGGCUCCCCCUUAGCAAUGGGGCCAGACCCUGGGGGCUCCCCCUUAGCAAUGGGGCCAGACCCCGGGGGCUCCCCCUUAGCAAUAGGGCCAGGCCCAGGGGGUACCCCCCUAGCAGUGGGGAGGUCCCCAUUAGCAGUGGAGCCAGACCCAGGGAACACCCCCAUAGAUCUGGGCCCAGGCCUAAAGGGGGCCCCCAUGGCGGAGGGGCUGCAGGUCCCAGAGCUGACCCAGCUGCAGACCCCCAGACCACGCAGCACCGGCCUGGCUGGCGCAGGUUGUCCUGUGCUGGGGCUGUCCGGCCUCGCGGUGCCCCUUGGAGAGCCAGCACCACGGCCCUCGGGUGCUGAGCGACGCUGCCGUCGCAGAGGAGACCCCAGUGGGCAUCGGAGCGGAGACGGGAGCUGCCCCCCGGGAGCUGCGGUGCCUGCCCUCAUCGCUGCGCUGGCGUACUGCUACAUGAGGGACCACUUGUCCAAGGAAGAUGCUCUGCUGGAAGCUGCAAGGAUCAACAACGUUUCAGAAGUCAACAGGUUGUUGCUGGAGGGCGCAGACGUGAACGCGAGGCACAGGCUUGGCUGGACUGCUCUCAUGGUGGCAGCUAUCAGCAGGAACUCCAGUGUGGUGAAGAUCCUGCUCGCGGCUAAAGCAGAUCCAAACCUUGGAGAUGAUUUCAGCAGCGUGUAUGAGACUGCCAAGGAAAAAGGCCUCCAUUCUUUGGAAGUCCUUGUGACCCGGGAGGAUGACUUCAACAACCGCCUGAACAUCCGAGCCAAUUUCAAGGGCUGCACAGCUCUACACUACGCAGUACUGGCUGACGACUACCUGACGGUCAAGUUGCUGCUGGAUGGAGGUGCCAACCCCCUGCAGAAGAACGAAAUGGGACACACACCCCUGGACUACGCCCGUGAAGGGGAGGUCAUGAGCCUUUUGAAAGCGUCCCAGACGAAGUUCCAGGAGGAGCAACGCAGGAGGGAGGUGGAGGAACGCCGGAGGUUUCCUCUGGAGCAACGGCUAAAAGAGCACAUCAUCGGUCAGGAGAGCGCAAUAGCGACGGUGGGAGCAGCUAUUCGGAGGAAGGAAAAUGGCUGGUAUGAUGAGGAACACCCGCUGGUCUUUCUUUUCUUGGGAUCAUCUGGAAUAGGUAAAACCGAGCUGGCCAAGCAGACAGCCAAGUACAUCCAUAAGGAUGUCAAGAAGGGUUUCAUCAGACUGGACAUGUCAGAGUUCCAGGAGAGGCACGAGGUCGCCAAGUUUAUCGGCUCUCCGCCUGGCUACGUGGGCCAUGAAGAGGGCGGGCAGCUCACCAAAAAGCUGAGGCAGUGUCCAAAUGCCGUGGUGCUCUUCGAUGAGGUUGACAAAGCCCACCCAGAUGUCCUCACCAUCAUGCUGCAGCUGUUCGAUGAGGGCAGGCUGACGGAUGGGAAGGGAAAGACCAUCGACUGCAAGGAUGCCAUCUUCAUCAUGACCUCCAAUGUGGCAAGCGAUGAGAUCGCCCAGCACGCUCUGCAGCUCCGACAAGAGGCCAUGGAGAUGAGCAAGAAAAGGAUCGCAGAAAACUUAGAGGACGUCCAGAUGUCCGACAAGAUAACCAUCUCCAAGCAGUUCAAGGAAAAGGUUAUUCGCCCCAUCUUGAAGGCUCACUUCAGGCGAGACGAGUUCCUGGGGAGGAUCAAUGAGGUUGUCUAUUUUCUGCCUUUUUGCCACUCGGAACUCAUCCAGCUUGUCAACAAGGAGCUGAAUUUUUGGGCCAAGAAGGCCAAGGCGAGGCACAACAUCACCCUGCUGUGGGACAGGGAGGUCAUGGACGUGCUGGCUGACGGCUACAACCUGCACUACGGUGCCCGGUCUAUCAAACACGAGGUGGAGCGGCGCGUGGUGAACCAGCUGGCAGCUGCCUACGAGCAGGACCUGCUGCCCAGGGGCUGCACCUUGAGGAUCACGGUGGAGGACUCGGACAAGCAGCUCCUGAAAACCAAGGACAGCUCUUCCCCCGGAGCGGAAAAAUCAAAGAUGCCGACCCUGCGGUUGGAGAUAGUGGAGAAAGACAGCAAAUCCCGAAAACUGGACAUCCAAGCGCCUCUGAACCCCGAAAACAUCACUUACUUCUUGUAGGCAGCGACGAGCCCCGGCAAUAAAACGCCGUGAGCCUCGGCGAGGGCAGGCGGGAGGUGGGGAGGGGGGCAACGCCGUGCUCCCCCCCGCCGCCCCGGAGCCGGGCACGGGCAGGCAGGAGCUGCCCCACCAGCCUGCACCUCUUGGGGGGUGGCGAGGUGCCUCGGGGACGUUUUGGUGGAGGGUCCUGACAGGGAGGGGGGGGAGUUAAUUUGGCACUGGAGAAGGUGUUGGGGCUUUUUUAAGAAAAAGGGGGAAAGCAGAUUUCAGCCUGGCUGGGGAGGGGGGGGAUUUGUCAUUCCCUAAAGCGGAGGCUGGGUUGGACAGCGGCUGGCAAGGGGGUGGGACAGGGACGGGGCGUGCCACCGCUGGAUUUUAAAAGCCACCAGACACUCCUGACUCUGUACGUCGCCCUCUUCUCUUUAUUUAUUCCAAUAAACGCGGUGUGCACAGA